CGAUCUCCACUCCACUGUCCCGGCCGAUCGAGCCGCAUCUUGCACGCGCGAGGAUCGAUCGGAGGAAUGGCCGGGGGUUUGGCCGUCUCCAAGCCCGCCGCCGCCGGCCGCCGGGAGUUCGGGGGCAAGAUCACCUGGUACGUCUGGAUCUGCGGCGUCGUCGCCGCCACCAGCGGCCUCAUGUUCGGCUACGACGUCGGCAUCUCCGGGGGCGUGACGGCCAUGGACGACUUCCUGGUGCGCUUCUUCCCGGCGGUGUACGCGCGGAAGCACCGGGCGCGGGAGAACAACUACUGCAAGUUCGACGACCAGCGCCUGCAGCUCUUCACGUCGUCGCUGUACCUGGCGGCGCUGGCCGCCAGCUUCGCGGCGUCGCGGGCGUGCACGCGCUUCGGCCGCCGGCGCACCAUGCAGGCGGCCUCCGCCUUCUUCCUCGCCGGCAGCGCGCUCUGCGCCGGCGCCGCGGGGCUCGCCAUGCUCAUCGUCGGCCGCGUCUGCCUCGGCGUCGGCGUCGGGUUCGGCAACCAGGCCGCGCCGCUCUUCCUCUCCGAGAUCGCGCCCGCGCGCAUCCGCGGCGCGCUCAACAUCCUCUUCCAGCUCAACGUCACCGUCGGCAUCCUCGUCGCCAACGUCGUCAACUACUUCGCCGCCGGCGUCCACCCCGCCGGCUGGCGCUAUGCGCUCGGCGGCGCCGCGGCGCCCGCGGCGGUGCUGUUCGUCGGCUCGCUCGCCAUCACCGAGACCCCGACGAGCCUCGUCGAGCGCGGCCGCGCCGAGGAAGGCCGGCGGACGCUGGAGAAGAUCCGCGGCACCGCGGACGUGGACGGCGAGUUCGCCGAAAUCCGGGCCGCGUGCGACGCGGCCGCCGCGCUCAACGCCGAGGAGAAGCCCUACCGCCGGCUGCUCCGCCCGGAGAGCCGGCCGCCGCUGGUGAUCGCGGUCGCCAUGCAGGUGUUCCAGCAGUUCACGGGCAUCAAUGCCAUCAUGUUCUACGCGCCGGUGCUGUUCCAGACCAUGGGCUUCGGGGCCGCCGGCUCGCUCCUCUCCGCCGUCGUCACCGGCUGCGUCAACGUCGCCUCCACCGUCGUCUCCAUCGUCCUCGUCGACAGGGUCGGCCGCCGGAAGCUCCUCCUGGAGGCGUGCGCGCAGAUGCUCGUCGCGCAGGCGGCCGUCGGCGGGAUCAUGGUGGCGCACGUGCGGGCCGACGGCAGCCCGGGGCGCGCGUGGGCGGUGGCCAUCGUCGUCCUCAUCUGCGUCUACGUGUCGAGCUUCGCGUGGUCGUGGGGCCCGCUGGGGUGGCUGAUCCCGUCGGAGACGUUCCCGCUGGAGACGCGCGCGGCGGGGUUCUCCAUCGCCGUCAGCUCCAACAUGCUCUUCACCUUCCUCAUCGCGCAGGCGUUCCUGUCCAUGAUGUGCGCCAUGAGGGCCUUCAUCUUCUUCUUCUUCGCCGCGUGGAUCGUCGUCAUGGGGGCCUUCGUGCUCGUCCUCCUGCCGGAGACCAAGGGCGUGCCCAUCGACGAGAUGGUGGGCAGGGUCUGGCGCCGCCACUGGUUCUGGAAGAGGUGCUUCGGCGAUGGCGCCAAUGAGGCCAGGGUCAACAACUGCUAAUCCGACGAUGAUAGAUUAUCCCGUUCGGUUUUAGACUUUAGUAUACUUAAUUCUAUUUAGAUGGAUUAAUUCCUAUAUACAGAUAAUUGUCAUUCUAUAAAUCUGCCGGAUUCCGAUGAUGAUGAUGAUGAUGAUGAUGAUGAUAACGGAGAUGUAAAACUAUUAUUAAGU